AUGAAAAAAUCUACUAGAAAAAAAUCUCCAUCAUCAACAUCAUGUUCAAAAAUUGAUCCAGUUAAUAUAAUAUCAAUAUGUCCAAAAAAUGAUAUAGAUUUAUUGAGUUAUUAUAGUCAUGAACAAGUUCAUAUAUAUGAUAAACUUUGUUCAAGUAUAUCAUAUUGUUGUGAAAUAGGAUAUUGUACAUCAGAAGGUAUAACAAUAUGUGUACCAGAAAAAUUUCAACGAGAAUCAUCAUCAACAUCAUAUGAUUAUUUAUCAUCAUCAUUAUCAUCAAUGAUUAUAACUAGAAUAAAAUAUCCAUUUGAAUCAAAUGAUCAAACAAAUUCAUUAUCAAUUAAUUCAACAUCAUAUUUAAUAUUUGAAUUAUUAAAAAAUAAAUAUUUAUCAAAUCUUUAUCAAUCAUAUAAACAUUCUCCAAAAUCUUUAUCAUCAUUUGAUAAUUUACUUUCUUUUGAUACAAUUAAAUAUAAAGGUUUUCGUCGAUGUUUAUUUUCUCCAUAUGAUAUUACAUUAAAUAAUGGUCAAACAAUAUUAGCAACAAUAACAUGUGCACAUGAAGUUUUUAUUUAUGAAAUUUUUUCAUUUUCUAAAANUAUUAUUAUCGAUUUUUCAGAAAGAUUCUCAAAAAUGGUUGACUAG